UUGUAAAAAAGAAACGUUAACACUCAAUGAGCUGUUUUUUACUUUCACAUUCAGCAGACUAUUCUCUAAGAAGGACACUCUCUUCUGAUUUUUUUCACUUUGCUUUUUUGCUGCCAAAGGCUUACAAGAUGUCUGAUCAUAAUUCUGAGAAUGCAGACUAUGAUGCAAUCAUUCAAGAAUUUAAUAACUUCAAUACAACCUCACUAAUUCUGCCUGUCAACAAAACCAUCCCAAAAGACAACCGUCAGGAGGUCGGGAUGGCCUACUUUAUUACAUACUGUAUCGUUCUCAUCUUUGGCGUCACCCUCAACUUCUCCGUCAUUGUCUUCGGCUGCUGCAAACACAAGAGCCUCCCGAAAGUUGCUGUUUGGAUCAUGGCAUUGGCAGCAACACAUUUAGCCUCCUGUGCAUCUGUUGUGUUACAGCUCCUGUAUGUUCACAACAACUUUAAAUGGAAUUAUGGGGAUGUUAGCUGCAAGCUGUCAUCUUAUUUCACCUACGGCAGCAUGUUCUCCACUGCAAGCAUGCUGAGUCUCUGGAGCAUCAGUUCUAUUUUUUCAAACAACACAUGUUUCAAAAAGAGCAAGAACUGUAACGUCAUUCUGAUUUCAUUCGCCUGGACUAUUGCAGCAAUCCUGGCAAGCCCUUCGCUGUUUUCAAGAGAGGUCAGAGAAGAACAGUGCAUCGAUGACUAUGAUUUUGAAAAAAAUAAAGAAACUUCAGAUGGCAUCAAAAAGCUACAGACUGUAGUUGUCAUGCGAUUUCUCACUGGACUUUUGGGGCCAGCUUUGAUAAUAUUUGUCAGCUGUUGUGUUGCAUCAAAAACAAGGAAAUGUAAAUUAUGCAGGAAGCAGGCAGAGAUCAUCUGUGCUAUAAAGAUCAUCUACUUUGUGUGCUGGGCACCUCAAAUUUUCUUAACUAUGCUUCAGGCCACUGUAAGCAACAGCCUGGGCUUAGAUAUGCUGAAUUAUGGGCUUCCAGGAGUUACUAUGCUUGCCAUGAGCCACUGUUUUAUCAGCCCACUUUUUUAUCUGUUUCUGGGACGCAGCCUUAAAAUGGAGUGGAUGAUACACGACCCAUAUGAGGAACAUUGGCGUGGUGAUGGCGAAAGUCUUCCCUUGAAUAAUUAGAAGUCAAAUGAGGUUUGAUGUUGCAAGUUUUAAAACAAGUAAUGAUAAAUGUAUAGGAUAUAUAGUAUGCAAACUGAUACUGAAUACAUUUUACAUUUAUUUCAGCUAGAAAGUGAACUGUUUCUUUAAAGACUAAUGCAUCCUUUGCUUCAACCUCUUCAUAUUUACUUUUUCACGUAGCAGCUAAACACACUGCCAAAAUAAGCAUUGCUAAUGGAAAAAUAUUCAGCCAUUUAUUUUCUGUUGUAUUCUAUGUAUUGUUUCUCUUUGGAUGUACUAUUUUUGCAUUGCAAGGGUGACAUAAUACUUUUAUUAAGCACAAUAUAUGGCUGGCAAAGUGGCUAAGAAGUUAGAAUGUUUGCCUCACAGCAAGAAGGUCACUGGUGAGUCCCUGCUGGACAAGGAAGCCUUUCUGUGUGGACUUUGCAUGUCCUCUCCGUGUAAAGCAGGGAAUAAGUAGACGAAAAGUGAGUGAAUGAGAGGUAUAUAUGUAUAUAUAGAGAGAUGUAAAUAAGAUAAUGAAGGACUAUACAUGUUUUUUUUUACUGUAUGAGUUUUGUAUGUUUAUGUAAAAGCCUAUAGGAGUAACUUCAAUUUAACCGAAAUAAUAAGUGAAGAGUUUUAAAAAAAAUUGUACAAAUAUGUGUACAUUAUUCUCUUCACAUUAUUCUCUUCCGUUGAUUAAUAAAAAUGCUUGAAAGAGCUUACACUUAUAAAA